CGCUCACCGACCUUCAACUUCAUUAUGCUUUUGCGACGAGAAUCCACAUUUUGAAUACAUUUUACUUAUUUUAUUUACCAAGCGCUGUCCUUUUGUUAUAGUCGUUGGGAGAAGGAAUGUCCAGUACUGGGAAGCACAAGAGUGCUAUGAUGUCUGCCGAAGUCACGCCAGGACCGUCCACUGACGUUGAGAAAGCAAUUGCAGAGGGCGACACCAAUGCAUCGCCACCUAGCAAGAAAAUAAAGACAGAAACGGAAGACACAAACUCGUACAUGAAAAGAACAUUUGACGCUCGGAGAAGCUUCAUAACUGUGGAGUUACCUCCCAUCAUUGAGGUUAAGGAAACAUACCCAGAGUUGUUCACGGAUAAGCAGAUCAUGAUGGAGUUUCAGCGAAUCACUGACAUUGACCUAGAUAUUUCCCUCCAGAGGUACUGUGUUGACCAUAAGCAAGACAUUAGCGACAUGUGCCGCCGGAUACCAAGUGCAAAGGACAUUCUGACCCAAGCAGAGAUGGUCAAAAAGGAAAUUCCGGCCCUUGAGCCCUACUGGGACAUGGUUGUCUCCCUUUGUCUCAUACCUUACAUGAUGAAGGAGAAUCUCUGUGACAUGGUGAUCGAAAUCGGUGAAGACGAGCAAGUUGAUCCGAAAGGUAAAAUUGUACCAGUUCUCAUUUCUAAGGGCAAGGUUUUCAGCAGCGAUGAGUUUAUUCUUGUCGUUGAGGAAGAGAUUGUACAAGUGUUCGAAGAGUUUACUAUUGCAUUUGCCAGUCUGUUUGCCACCUACUGGAUCUUUAAUAUGGAGUAUCCAGACACGCUGUUGAACACUUACAACUUCAUUCAGAAAGUGAUGGUAAAUCUUAAAGACGGGAGUGGAUUGCCUAACCUGUGUCGAGAAAUUCAGCAGAAGCUGAUCAAGCUAGGGAAGACGCGAUCAAAUAAGGAAAAACCCAAGUGAGGACCCAAGCAUGGUAAGUGACCCUCCAAGUAUUAGGGCCCAAGAAAGGUUUUCUGUCUAUUAAAUUUUGCCAAAAAAACAACCUGUGAAAACUGGGUCUAAGGAUGGGUCAAAGAUCUUGAGGCAUACAUUGCACUACACAGAGAUGCUGCCAAAUGACUGAAAGAAUAGAAUUAAACGGCAGCUUUUGUGUGUUUCGUCGUACCCUAAUUGUGAGGGACUCCUUCCAGCAAAUGUACCUAUAAACUCUAAACAUUGUUGACUUCAUUUUCACAGCAUUCAUUUGUUACAUUUGUAUCGUUCAUUUUUAUUGUUGCCAUUCACUUGUUGUGUUCAUGAUAGAGAGGAUGAGCUUAAAUACAUGUAUAUAUAUAUAUUUCAAUUCUUACUGAUAAUGGCUUUUUUAAUGUUAAAGGGUUUUCUUGUUUUGCUUAUUUUUGAAAUUUUCUUAUUUUUCAUAGCAACUCUUUAUCACAAAAUUGUUUAAAUAUGAUUAAUUUUUAUCCUUUAGCAAUUAUUAAAGACCAAUUUCAUAAAGAUGCUAUUCUUUAUCCUUGAAAUUGAACUCCCCUAAUCCUAUUUAUCUAAUUUCAGUAACUAAAAUACUUCAAUCAUGUGACUCCUACUUCUAAGUUGUUAAUUAUUGAAUGUCUUGUAUUUUUUCUUGAUUAAGGAUACUUAACUAAGUCAAAUGAAAGGCAAAGCUUGUGAGCUCUCUUUAUGCCACACUUAUUGCAGAAUCUUCAUGAAAAUAGGCCAGAACAUUCAUCACAAUAAUAUCUUUUUAUGUCCCCCACUAUAGUAGUGGGGGACAUAUUGUUUUUGCCCUGUCUGUUGGUCUGUUGGUCUGUCUGUUGGUAUGUUGGUCUGUCUGUUUGCGCCAACUUUAACAUUUUGCAAUAACUUUUGCUAUAUUGAAGAUAGCAACUUCAUAUUUGGCAUGCAUGUGUAUCUCAUGAAGCUGCACAUUUUGAGUGGUGAAAGGUCAAGGUCAAGGUCAUCCUUCAAGGUCAGAGGUCAAAUAAAUGUGGCCAAAAUCGCUCAUUUUAUGAAUACUUUUGCAAUAUUGAAGAUAGCAACUUGAUAUUUGGCAUGCAUGUGUAUCUCAUGGAGCUGCACAUUUUGAGUGGUGAAAGGUCAAGGUCAAGGUCAUCCUUCAAGGUCAGAGGUCAAUUAUAUGUGGCCAAAAUCCCUCAUUUUAUGAAUACUUUUGCAAUAUUGAAGACAGCAACUUGAUAUUUGGCAUGCAUGUGCAUCUCAUGGAGCUGCUCAUUUUGAGUGGUGAAAGGUCAAGGUCAAGGUCAUCCUUGAAGGUCAGAGGUCAAAUAUAUGUGGCCCAAAUCGCUUAUUUUAUGAAUACUUUUGCAAUAUUGAAGAUAGCAACUUGAUAUUUGGCAUGCAUGUGUAUCUCAUGGAGCUGCACAUUUUGAGUGGUGAAAGGUCAAGGUCAAGGUCAUCCUUCACAAGGUCAAGGUCAUCCGACAAUGUCAAACAUCAUAUAGGGGGACAUUGUGUUUCACACACACAUCUUGUUAAUAUAGAGUUCAUAACUGGGUCACAUAGCUUCAAAAGCUAGCUCACUACAUGUGUAGGUCAAGUUGAAGGAAAGGCUUGUUAACACUCUUUUGGAAACAAUUAUUGCUAAAAUUUCAUGAACGUUGCUCUGAACAUGUCUUAUGAGUAUUUCUCCACCAAAUGUCUCGUUAAAAACAAGGCUGCAAUGUGGUAGUCAGUUUUCCGUAUCUUGCUAUAGUAAAACCGUUUACACUUUAGAAAUCACUAAAUCACUUUUGUAAUUACAUGUAAUAAAAAACUUGCUACUAUUAUUUAAAAAAAAGCUUAUAUGGUAUCUAGACUAAUUUUUAAAAUAAUUGUGGUUUGUUAAAAAAUAUGGCUGCCAAAAUCUGGAAAUUUUAUUGUUUUACCUAGUGAACACCACCUGCUUAAAAGCCGUAAAGUUCCUUGGGGUCUCAACUCUCAAGUGAGUGACUGGAACCUUAAGGCAAUAUUGUUAUAUUUUAUAUUAGAGAAAGGGUUUCAUGUUAUUGAUCAGGAUAAUUACACAUUGAACAAUAUUUUGAUAGUUUGUAAUUCUUAUCAUGAUUUCUUACAAUGGUUAUACAAAGUUUUGAUAUCCUGGUUAUCAUGUUUCUUACAUUUUCUGUUGAAUUUCCUUUCCCUAUAUAGGCUGCAGGAAGAAGAUGCUUUGUACUUAAAUUUCAUUGUCUGGAUGAGGUGUUGAAAAAAGGUUUGUGCCAUGAAUAUUGACCAAAACAUUCAUUUAUGAAAUUACAGAUGUUUAUUAAAAAUAAUGUUUUGUCAAAUUGAAGAUUAUUAAAACGAAUGAUUGUUCACAACAUAUCAAUAAAAAGUAAUAUCCUUUCUCCUUUAAGUAUUGUUGUAAGUGUACACAAUGAAAACAGAUUUUCCCCCCAAAAAAACACAAUGACUUAAAUACAAAUAUCGAUACAUCAAAAUUUAGUGUAUUUAAUUUUAGUUCUUCCUCGAUUGUUUUAUUCUGUGACACUACACUGAAGUGGGUAAUAUUCUCAUUCAUUUCCUAGUAGUGAUUUUCUUUAGCAUGUGAAAUGUUUCAUACCAAAAAUGUAUAUAUCGUUUGUGUAUCUUUGUAAAAUUCAGCCACUUAAUAAAAAAAGUAAACAAGAGGUACUGGUACUUAAAAGUGAAAUCUGAUACGAAAUUUGUCUGUGUUAUGCACACAAAUUCACCAUGUAAAAUAUAUUGGCAGAUAAAUAUAUAAACAUAUAUAAUACAUUUAUCAUUCUUAAGGGCUUUUUCAAUUUACUUUUAAUUGGGGAAGUUUGUUUUAUUUAUAACUUUUCAAUAAUUACUGAUUAAACUUACAUAAAACAGAGAAUCCUUAACAUGAACUUUUCAGUUAAAUUGAAAUUACAACUUCAAACUUUCUAUUCCCAACAACAGUCAGCCCCAACAAAAUCCUGAUUGUGGUAGAACCACACAUUUUGCUCUAUUAAAAACUAGGUUUGCAUGAUGAUAUAUAUGAGUUUUUUAGCUCACCUGUCACGAAGUGACAUGGUGAGCUUAUGUGACUGUGUGAUGUCCGGCGUCCGUAUGUGUGUGUGUGCGUGCAUCCGUCAACAAUUUGUUUGUGUAGACAGUAGAGGUCACAGUUUUCAUCCAAUCUUUAUGAAAUUUGGUCAGAAUGUUUAUAUUGAUGAAAUCUGGGUUGGGAUUGUAUUUGGGUCAUCUGGGGUCAAAAACUAGGUCACUAGGUCAAAACUAUGUCAGAAAAUAGAAAAACCUUGUGUUUACAAUAGAGGUCGCAGUUUUCAUCCAAUCGUUAUGAAAUUUGGUCAGAAUGUUUAUCUUGAUAAAAUCUGGUUUGGGAUUGUAUUUUGGUCAUCUGGGGUCAAAAACUAGGUCACUAGGUCAAAAACUAGGUCAAAUAAUAGAAAAACCUUGUGUAGACAGUAGACUGUAGAGGUCACAGUUUUCAUCCAAUCUUUAUGAAAUUUGGUCAGAAUGUUCAUCUUGAUGAAAUCUGGGUUGCGAUUGUAUUUGGGUCAUCUGGGUCAAAAACUAGGUCAUGAGGUAAAAAACUAGGUCAAAUAAUAGAAAAAAACUUGUGUAGACAGAAAAGGUCACAGUUUUCAUCCAAUCUUUAUGAAAUUUGGUCAGAAUGUUUAUCUUGAUGAAAUCUGGGUUGGGAUUGUAUUUGGGUCAUCUGAGGUAAAAAAACUAGGUCACUAGGUCAAAUAAUAGAAAAACUGUCAACAAUUUGUUUGUGUAGACAGUAGAGGUCACAGUUUUCAUCCAAUCUUUAUGAAAUUUGGUCAGAAUGUUUAUCUUGAUGAAAUCUGGGUUGGGAUUGUAUUUGGGUCAUCUUGGGACAAAAACUAGGUCACUAGGUCAAAAACUAGGUCACUAGGUCAAAUAAUAGAAAAACCCUGUAUAGACAAUAGAGGUCCCAGUUUUCAUCCAAUUUUUAUAAAAAUUGAUCAGAAUGUUUAUCUUGAUGAAAUCUGGGUUGGGAUAGUAUUUGGGUCACCUGGGGUCAGAAACUAGGUCACUAGGUCAAAUAAUAGAAAAACCUUGUGUAGACAAUAGAGGUCAUAGUUUUCAUCCAAUCUUAAUGAAAUUUGGUCAGAAUGUUUACCUUGAUGAAAUCUGUGUUGGGAUUGUAUUUGGUUAGUCAGGUGAGCGAUUCAGGGCCAUCAUGGCCCUCUUGUAUGUAAAUUCUUACUUAAUCAUUCCUGCACUUUUUUCUAGAAGUCACAAUUUUGCCAAAUGGUCAUGAAACUUGCUCAGGACAUUUAUAGCAAUGAUAUCUUAAUGGUUCUCGUCAUUUGUUAAACAAGGGUGCCAGGGGCCACAUUUAUAUCACAAUCUAAAUGAAACUUGGUCAGUACAUUUGUCUGAAUGAUAUCUUUGCCAAGUUUACAACUGGGUCCAGUUUGGUGAAAACUAGGUGACUGUUUUGGUCAAAUAACUGGUAAAGAAAAAACUUGUGAACACUGUAAGCUUAAGGCCACAUUUGGUGCACAAUUUCCAUAAAACUUUACUAGAACAUUUGUUUACAUGAUAACUUGGCUGAAUUCCAAUAGGGUUCUUAAAACAUUACAAAAGCUUAUUAAAUGGUUCAGUUACUUUGGGUCUUAGGAUUGGUAUCAACUUGAACAAAACUAGUUUUUAUUAUAUUUCAUUUGCUUGUUAAUGUACAUUGAUUUAUUUGUAAAUGAUUUUUUGUAGUUACUAGUUGUACUAUAAGAAUAUCUGGGUUCCAUUUGCAAUAUUUUUGUAAUUGUCUCUUUUCUUUUUUGUUGAAAACUGCAGAGUGAAAUACAUGUAACAUUCAGGACAUUGUUGACUACAUGUGCUGUAACAUAUGACAUAAAAUCAUUAUAUUAUUUAUAUCAUCCACUUUUCUGCAAAUUUGACUCCAAUCAUCUCUGGUCAUGCCAUAAAUUAUGUUUACAUGUUGCAGUUAAAUCACCCAUCAUGUAUCCAUUUGCAAGUCAUUGGUUGGGCCUUCACCAUCAGAAGGGCAUAAAAAGAUACAAAUAAAUACGUCUUGUAUUUUCUUCUAAACCUCUAUGCAUUUUCUAAAUCGUACAACAAUUGUUGUUUAGUGUUUCUUUAUCACUUUUUUUUCCACUCAAAUUGUCUUGCUGGCAGCUCUUGGCAAAACAAGUAGUACAAAUAUGUGUUAAAGUUUGUAUUUCUGUCACAUAUUAAGGUCUUGUUUAAUUAUCAUAAUAGUAUUUCUUUGCAUAUUUUUCUCCUAAAAAUGAGGUUAAAAUGCUUAAUUUUUUAAAAUAUAUAUUUGUAGUUGUCAAAUUGUAGGUGCUGGUGCAAGUAACAUUGUAAUUUGUUUUUGUAAAAGGGAAAUAUUAUUGUGUUUAGUUCACGUUCAUGUGCUUGUCAAUGAAUGAAAACAUGUUGUUAGUUGGGAUGGAAAUUGCAUGAAAAUAUCAGCAUUGUGUUCUUUUUUAGUAAAUCAUAUUUUACUUAGCUAUAGCUUGUUUACUUUUUAUGUCCCCGACCCACUAUAGUGGGGGACAUAUUGUUUUUGCCCUGUCUGUCUGUUGGUCUGUUUGCUCCAACUUUAACAUUUGCAAUAACUUUUUCAAUAUUCAAGAUAGCAACUUGAUAUUUGGUAUGCAUGUGUAUCUCAUAAAGCUGCACAUUUUGAGUGGUGAAAGGUCAAGGUCAUCCUUCAAGGUUAGAGGUUAAAUAUAUGUGGCCAAAAUAGCUCAUUUUAUGAAUACUUUUGCAAUAUCGAAGAUAGCAACUUGAUAUUUGGCAUGCAUGUGUAUCUCAUGGGGCCGCACAUUUUGAGUGGUGAAGGGAAAGGUCAAGGUCAUUUUUCAAGGUCAAAGGUAAAAAAAAAUAAUCAAAGCAGCGCUGAAGGGGACAUAGUGUUUUUGACAAACACAUGCCACACAUUUUGAGUGGUGAAAGCUUAAUGUUAAGGUCAUCCUUCAAGGUCAAAGGUCAAAAAAUUAAAUAAAAGGGGCGCAAAAGGGGACAUAGUGUUUCUGACACAUUUCUUGUUGAUACAUUUUUUCAUAUUGAAUAUUUUGUGUUGAAUUUUUUUUUAUCAUCUGUGUGUUAACAGACCAAUUUUUAGUUAAAUGUUUUUCUAUUUGUUUGCUUUAAUUAUAUUUUACAAGAAUUGAUUUGUUUGAUAUUCCAAGUGGAAAUAUUUAAUGCUUGCAUAAAUGCCCUCUGUACCAUCACCAUAAAUUAAGGCAACAUUGAUACUCUUAUGGUAUGAUUGUGGAUGUAUCAACAAUUUUAAUUUGUCAAUUCAAACAAAAGCUAUUUAUAUGUACAAUAAUAUAAUAUUACAAUAUCAUAGUAAAAUUAAUAUUUUAAGUCAUAUUUACACAUUGGAGCGGAACAUGGGCAAAAAGCCUGGAAAACAUUUGCGUAGCAGUAAUAUUACGCGCGUGGGGCAUAUGAUAUUAACACUUUGGUUUGCUAGUAAUCAGGCGAGAGACUUAAGGGCCUAUUGCCCAUUUUUAAGUACUUGAUAUAUGUAUUUUGCAAACAACAACUGUUCAGACUUUUUAUGUAAUUUUUGACUUUAUUAUUUUGCAUCUCAUGUGUUUCCCCUCCAGUAUUAAAUAUGAGCCAUGCUCUGUGAAAAGGAGGUUCAAUGCAUGUUUGUUAAGUGUCAGCCCAGAUAAGUCUGUGCAGUCCACACAGGCUAAUCAGGGACGACACUUUUAUGGAAUUUUUUGUUUACAGAAAGUUUCUUUAAAAAAAUCCAGUUUAGGUGGAGUCGUCCCUGAUUAGCCUGUGCAGACUGCACAGGCUAAUCUGGUACAACACUAUGCACAUGCAUUAAACCUCCUUUUCACACAGCACUGCUCACAUAAUAUAGUGUUGCUAUAUUUACUGUUACUAUAAAUGAUUUCAAGUAAGGGUGGGUUCGGCUUUGAGCUUGUUACUGGGUGGCGAGUAUUUUCUGUACUUUAACUUUCUUAGCUCAGACUGGCUUAAAUUGUAAUAGAAUAAUGACCCAUUAAUUUUUUUCUAGUAAAUAACACACAUUAUAAUAAAAAAGCAAGCAGAGGGAACAAUCAUUAGGUCAUCUUCAUGUAGUUUCAAUUUUCAUUGUAUAGUACUUUUUAGUGUCACUGUGGUACAGAUGUCUUAUUCAAGUUUUUGUGCACAAUCAGUGUAUGGAUGAUACAAGUUUACUGUUCUUUGUCAAAAAACUGCAUUUUCACCCGCAUUCUUGUUGGCUGCUUCACAUCAUUUGCCGUUGAAUUGAAAAUUAUGUUGCAUUAUUUUUCACAACCUGUUAUCAGUUACCAUUCUCUUUGUAAAUCAUGUUCAUUGUUAAUGUUUUAGACAAUAGAUCUCUUUGACUGGAA